AUGCUUAUCGACAUUCUGCCAGGAGAGCAGCAUCUUUUGCUCAUCUAUUGCUCCUUUACCUGCAUUUACCUGCCCGGAAUCUUACUCUUGCUGAAAUUCACCAACAGUCUUUACGACGUCGGAACCUACAAAUUCAUCCCAAUCCUUUUCGCUCUCAUAUUUGCGGAAUUGGUCAAGGUAUGGUUCUCUCUUUUGCAAACGAACGAGGUGACUCUAAAAAAGACAGAAACCCGGGCCAACCCAAAGUCGAAAAAAUUGUGCACCAAGACUCUCAAAACUGGAUUUAAAUUUCUAGUUUCCACAUCUCUACUCUCAGCAAUUUACUACGUCGUGAUCGUUUUAUUUGGAGCGCCUAUACUCUCUCAUCAUGAAGAAACAAUUAUGCUGACUUUAACUUUAACAACUUUGACUUUCGUGCCAGCCUGUCUGCAUUUGGGAAUCGAUACUGCCCUCGCCCUUUUGUUCGGAAUGCAAGUCGGUAAUGGAAAUUUGUUUGCUGAGGCUGUGAAGACCAAUGUGAAAUUUACACUUUUGGGCACCUGGCUCGGGGCAAUUGCGAUUCCCCUCGAUUGGGAUCGACCCUGGCAAGCGUGGCCGGUUCCUUGUGUAACGAGUGCCUUGUUUGGCUAUAUUUUGGCCCAUGUUGUUACUUUAAUUAGCAUGUUACCGAUCAUGAAACAGGACAAGAGCAAGUCUCAUCGAUAA